CAGAACAGAACGGGACAUAAGGGAGUGAGGUGCAGGCCAAGGUGUCCACCUGAGAGCAUGGUCCUACUGCUGCUGCUGGGCCUGGUGCUCAGCCUUGCCAAUGCGCAAUUCAGCCAGGAUUUCAUGGUGCAGAGGAACUACAACAUGGCCAGGAUUUCCGGGACCUGGAACUCUUUUUUCAUGGCCUCAGAUAACAUGACGCGGAUUAGAGAAAACGGAGACCUGAGGCUCUUCAUCCGGAAGAUCAGUAUCUUAAAGAACGGCAGCCUGCAGUUCGACUUCCAUUUUAUGGUACAAGGAGAAUGUGUGGCUGUGACCAUGGUCUGUGAAAAGACAGAGACCAAUGGGGAAUUCACCGUUAAUUACGAGGGGGAAAACAGGGUGCGGCUCUCAGAGACUGACUACAGAAUGUACGUCAUCUUCUACAUGGAGAACAUCAAGAAUGGGACCAAGACCCAUGUGCUGGCGCUCUAUGGACGCAUCCCAAAGUUUGAGAAGUCUUACCUGAAAAGAUUUGAAAACAUCUGCAAAAAAUAUGGGCUGGAUUCACAAAAUAUCAUCGACUUGAUAGACCAAGAUAACUGCUACGACGUCCCAAAGAGGAGUUAGUCAGCUUCCGCUUUACAGCCCAAAGACCUGAGGUCCAGGUAUUGCGGAGCCAGCACUGGGCAUCAUCAUCAUUUUCCUGAUGCUCGUCUGCGGUCGCAUCUCCCUACUCUCUGCCUCUGUCUUCACGUAGCCUUCUGUUCUGCAUCUCCUCCUCCAUUGGUGUAAGACACCCAGGCAUCCCAACUGACCUCACUUGAUUUCUGAAGACUCUUGGCAAAUAAAGUCUCU